AAUGCAUGGCAUUAGGAUGCAGUCUGUCGAAAAUAGACAAAGAAGAUAAAGCAGCGGGAGUAAAAGGAGCAUGGUGCAUGUGAUCAUGUAAACAGAAGAAAAUAUGUUUUCAGUCUGUCUGCAAACAGCUGUUUUUGUUUGAUCGUGUGUUUUUCUAAUACUCCAGCUGUUACAAUAAAUGAUUGGCUGCUUAUUGGUCAUUAACAAAUCACUGGAGAGGACUUGCUAUAGUGGCUUUGGAAGUGUUCUUCAAAUAGUGAGUGUCCCUCAAAUAGAUUGAUACUCAGUCAUGGCUGAGGAACCAGCAGCAGAAAUCCAGCUACUCAGAAGCCAGAAGGUCAAGCUGAUAGACAUUCUCAGUGCCGAUGCCGAUUUUGUCCUGCAGCAUGCAGACUCUCGCUGUCUGCUGUCUGCUCACGGCUACCAGCAGGUGAAAACUUGCCGUGUUCCUAGUGAGAAGGUGACAGACCUGCUGGAUCACAUCAUCCAGAGAGGUCCUGAAGCAGCGCGGGGUCUGCUGGAACUUCUGAACGACCCGGCCCUGCAGGAAACCUUCCCAAGGCUUCGCUUCAUUAAGGAUCUGCAAGUCAACACACUGUCUUCAGGCGAAACAUCAAGAAAGAGAGAAAGAGAAGACUUACAAGAGACCAUUCCAUCCAAAAAGAUCUACACCAAAGGCUCUCGCUUAGUUAAGGAGAAGCAGCUGAUGACCGUGGCUCGUACCAUUGGCAGAUCUUGGAAGGAGAUUGGCAGACUGGCUCUGGACAUCCCCUCCGUAAAGCUGGAACAGAUUGUAGAGGACCAUUCGCUCCAUGUAGAGCGAGUGUUUGCCAUGCUGCGCUACUGGAGCACCUGCCAGAGGGAAAAAGCCACUGCUGCUCACCUGCACUCGCUGCUCAGUCAGAAAGACUGGGCGCUGCCACCUGAAAGCAUUGACUCUCUGUUGGAGACUGACUGAGGCCGUAACUCUCUGGUACUUGCUGGGACUGAAACCCUGUUUUUACUCAGAAUGAGUGUGUUUCUCAUCAUAUAGACUGUCAUUCCAUAUCAGGAAAAAAUAACACUUGAAGAUUUUAGUAUGGAAUGACCCCACAGUUCCAUUAAGUACCACUGAGGCCUUUUGUUCAAGGUUCUUUAUAUAUUGUUUACAAUCUAUUUAUAUUUUUGUCAUCCAGAUUGUCCAUACUGUAAUUUUACUAUGUUGGUCUAUUCUAUCUAAGGAUAGAGGGUUUUGUAUGCUGUACAGAUUGUAAAGCCCUUUAAGAUAUUGGGCUAAAGUCAAGGAUCAACUUAUACUACUUUUCUAUGACAGCUUUAAUUACAACAGUAUAAAAACUGAGUUUUGUUUUAUAAAAAAUAUUUUAAAGAGG